AUGAAUCUAUCAUCGACAUUGAAUGAAUCUCAAACUGAGGCAAGUUUGGCUUGUCUUUGUAGAACGCAGUGCAAUCACAGGUCUGCUGUGGAACUUAUUUGGGGCCCUCCAGGGACAGGGAAAACUAAAACCAUUAGUAUGUUUCCCUUUACCCUCUUAAGGGUGAAAUGUAGGGUCCUGAUUUGUGCCCCAACCAAUGUUGCUAUAACAGAAUUGGCUUCUAGGGUCCAAAAGUUGGUGACAGAAUCUUCUGAAACAGACUCAGCAACUGAUGCUUUGUUUUGUUCUUUAGGAAAUAUUCUUUUAUUCGGGCAUAAAGACAGGCUCAAAGUCAACUCAGAUAUUGAAGACAUAUAUUUGGAUUAUCGUGUUAAGAGGCUUACAGAGUGCUUUGCACCUUCGACUGGUGGGCGGUACUGUUUCACUGCGACAAAAAUUUUUUUUGAAGAUUGUGUUUGUCAGUACUAUAUUUUCUUGGAAAAUGAAUUGAUCAAAGAGCAGGAUUAUGAUCAGGAAAAUAAGAAAAAAGAUGAAAGUUGCAGUAAUGGGGCUGAUGUUUGCAGUGGAAAGCAUAAAUCAUUUCUUGAAUUCAUGAGAGAAAGAUUCUGCUCUACUGUAUCACAACUGAAAAGAUGUAAACAGAAUGUGUCCCCUUACUUUAAUGCACUCAUAUACCUGAAAGCUACAUGUCUGAAACAUAAUAUUCAAAGUGAGGAGGAGUUAGAUGGGGAUUCUUCUGAAUAUUUUGCAGAUAUUUCAUUACAAUUGUACUUGCAUAGAACCAAAUGCCUUUCCACUUUAGAAACUCUCUAUAGUUCUUUCAGUGAACUUGAGCUUCCAAGUGGUAUGAGCAAGUAUUCUAUAGAGGGAUUCUGCUUUCAAACAGCUUCCUUAAUUUUCUGCACAGCAUCUAGUUCAUAUAAACUCUAUUCAUUGGCAAUGCAACCAUUGAACUUAUUGGUUAUUGAUGAAGCAGCCCAGUUGAAAGAAUGUGAAUCGAUAAUUCCCCUUCAGCUUCCCGGUAUUAACGCAUGGAAUGGCUUAAAACAGAAUCUCAGCAUCGGCGUUAUAUCUCCCUAUGCUGCUCAGGUAGUUGCAAUUCAAGACAAACUUAGUUCCAAGUAUGAAAAAGUUGAUGGCUUUUCAGUGAAAGUCCAGUCAAUAGAUGGAUUCCAAGGUGGUGAGGAAGAUAUUGUAAUAAUAUCAACAGUGAGAUCAAAUAGUAGUGGUGGUAUUGGGUUUGUGUCUGAGUAUUGGUUUGUGUUCUGA